AUGGAUGCCAAAGUCCCUGAAGCAAAUUUAGUUGCUUAUAUAAACAAUGGUCUUUCUAAAAAAUUCUUGUAUAUCGCUAUCAACAUCCGCCAUUGGGAUCCACUUGUUUCGUUCUGGGAUGCACGAUCAAUAUUAAUCUGUGAGGAGCAACAAAUGAUUCAUGAUGAACAACAUGGCACAUCCAUCACCCACACGAAUCGCUCCUCUUCACCGAAUGCUAUCACGGUUCAAUCCUCCAUUCAAUCCUUAAAUAAUAAUAACAACGGUGGAGGGAGACUGGCUUACCGUGGAGGACGUGGCGGUCGUAACAAUUGUGGUGGUUGGGGUGGUGGUCGUUAUGGUGGCCGAUUUCAUAACACCAAUAAUGGUUCUAAUUCUUCUGGUGGCACCUUCCUUGGCAAUCAACAACGUGGAACAGGAGGUGCUUGGGCGUACGGAUGGUUUCAAGUCCAUUGGCCCACAAAUGGUUCGAUUCAACAAGGUAUUAUGUGA